CAAGGAGCUUCAAAUUCACUUAAACCCCGCUUUUUGUCUCUGGAAACUCCUAAACCCUAAAGCCUGUGUCUUUAGCCUUUACGAAGAAUGGCAGACCCGAGUCAGUUGACUCAGCAUAUCGAAUCAUACGUUGACUCGUCCCGCCCUCCAACUCAGCAGGCCUCAAGUCUGGAUGCAAUUGUUUCCCUCUUGACGAAUGAUGCAGUAACUAUAGGAUCAUUGGUUAAGGAAAUGGAGAUGUAUUUGACUAUAACAGAUGACAUACUACGUGCAAGAGGCAUACUUCUCCUUGGAGAAGCUCUUAACCGUCUGUCAUCAAAGCCACUAGACAAUGCAACUACACAUAGCUUGAUAACAUUCUUCACAGAGCGACUGGCAGAUUGGAGAGCUUUACGUGGUGCACUUGUCGGUUGCUUGGCAUUGAUGAGGAGGAAAAGUGGCGGUGUGGUCGCUAGCAUUGAUGCAAAAGCUGUUGCUAAGUCUUAUUUACAGAAUUUGCAGGUGCAGUCUUUAGCACAGCAUGACAGGAAGGUUUGCUUUGAACUUCUGGAAUGCCUACUAGAACAUUAUCCUGGUGCUGCUGCUUCACUGGGUGAGGACCUUAUUUAUGGAAUCUGUGAAGCUAUUGAUGGAGAAAAGGAUCCUCAGUGUCUAAUGCUAGCAUUUCACAUUGUGGAGGUGCUGAUGCAACUAUUUCCAGAUCCUUGUGGUCCAAUUUCAAAUUUUGCUGGUGAUCUUUUUGGCAUUUUGGGCUGUUACUUUCCCAUUCAUUUUACACAUCCAAAAGCUGAGGAUAUUGAUGUGAGAAGGGAUGAUCUCUCAAGGGCAUUAAUGCUUGCAUUUUCUUCCACACCUCUUUUUGAGCCAUUUGCUGUGCCAUUGCUUCUUGAGAAACUUUCUUCCUCCCUGCCAUCUGCGAAGGUUGAUUCUUUGAAGUAUCUUAGCUGCUGCACAUUGAAGUUUGGAGCAGACAGAAUAGCAAAACAUGCUGGAGCUAUUUGGUCUUCAUUGAAAGAUGCAAUAUAUAGUUCGGGAGAAGAGCUUAUGCCAUCCUUUAAUUCAGAACCAAUAGAUAAUUCUGAUUCUCAGAAGAAUGAAAUAGCAGUGGAAGCUUUAGCACUGUUGGAGAAGGUUAUUGUCCAAAACAAUGAUUUGUUCUUAAGUAUGAUUAUUGGUGAUGAAGAUGUAAACGUGAUUUUCAACAACAUCACUAGUUACAAGAGUUACAAUGAAAUUUCUUUGCAAAGCAAGCAGAAACUGCACAUGGUUGGUCAUAUCCUUUAUGUUUCUGCAAAAGCUUCUGUUUCCUCCUGUAAUAGGGUUUUUGAAAGUUUCUUCCCCCGCCUGAUGGAGGUUCUGGUGCUUUCAGUUGAAAAAACAUCUGGGGCUUGCCAAUCAAUUGAAAGUUGUGUAAACUCCAAACAAUUUAAUUAUGGAUCUUUAUAUCUCUGUACCGAACUUCUUGGAGCAUGUAGAGAUUUGUUCGCAGCUUCAGAGAGUCUCUCAUCACAAUUUAUAUCUGCAAAUGAGACAUGUUGCCGUUUGCUUCAAUGCUAUUCAACUUCUUUAACAAGGACCUUCAGUUCUAUUUUAGCAACUUGUACUAGUGGACCUACUCAUGAUGAAGAUAUGUAUCUUGGAGUGAAGGGUUUACAGAUUUUGGCAACAUUCCCUGGAGGCUAUUUACUAUUAUCAAAGUUGACAUUUGAUGAUAUCUUGAUGACAUUCAUAUCAAUUAUCACUGUGGAUUUCAACAAGACAUUGUUGUGGAAACAUGUGUUGAAGGCACUUGCAUAUAUUGGCUCAUUUAUUCAUGCAAGCAAUGAGUUUGAGAAAGCAAGCUAUAUGGAAAUUGUUGUUGAUAAGAUCAUUUUGUUGGCAUCAUCUGCUGAUUAUGAUAUGCCAUGGCCACUCAAACAAACAGCCAUCUCUAGCAUUAGUACAAGUGGGCAGAAAUAUAUGCUGAAAAUUGUUCUUUGGAUGGAAGAAGCGAUACACGCCAAUCUAUCCGAGUUUUAUGUCGAAGGACAUCUAAAGUCAGCAGAGAUCAUAAUUCAGCUUUUCGAAUGUUAUUCUAAUGAGUUGCUUCCAUGGAUCCAGAAAAAUGAAGGUUUCGAGGAGGCUUUGUUGCAAUUUGUCGUCAAUAUAUGGAACCAAAUUGAAAAUUGCAUGGCUUUCUGCAUUUGGGUGCAUGAAAAAGAGCUUAUUGAUGCAACAAUGAAGUUUAUGAAGCUUGCAGUUGCAUGCUGUUCAGUGGAAAGGCAAAACAUAAUAAUUCAUAAAGCUUAUAGUGUACUUUCUUCAAGCACUUCUUUACUACUGAAGGAAUCCUGGUCUGACAUUCCAGUCCAAUGGGAGAGGUUUGAACCAAUUCAAGAAACAGACAAAUUUUCCACUAGAGAUGAGUGGAUUCUUUCUCUAUUUGCAUCAGUGAUUAUAGCCCUACGUCCUCAAACACACAUUCCAAAUACAAGAAUAGUGUUGCAUAUAUUAAUAACUGCUUUGCUUAAGGGUUACAUUACUGCAGCGCAAGCACUGGGUUCUCUGCUUAACAAAUUGGACCUGAAGUCCAAUGGUACUGGUAUUUCAGGUUCUUGCACCUUAGAAGAAGCAAUUGAUAUAAUUUUUAGCACAAAUUUAUUGAGUUAUUUUGAAAAUGGUCCUUUUGGGGGAUGUGGUAGAACAAGCAAUGGUGAUGAGAUCAGUUCCUCUAAUUUAUUCCCAUUUGCUCCAAACAAUGAAUUGCUACAAAUCAAUGUCAUUGUUGGACUAGCAUGGAUUGGGAAGGGUUUGCUUAUGCGAGGCCAUGAAAAGGCUAAAAACAUAACUAUGGUUUUCCUAAAGUGCUUGUUGGAUUGUGGAAUUGGUACCUUGCCAUUGAAACAGGGCUCCUCAGAAAACAGUUUCAAACAAGAUGUGCAUCAGUCUGUGAUGAAAGCUUCAGCAGAUGCAUUUCAAAUUCUUAUGAGCGAUUCUGAACUUUCUUUGAACCGUAAAUUCCAUGCAAUAAUAAGACCACUUUACAAGCAACGGUUUUUCUCUAGCUUGAUGCCUAUCCUGCAGCCUUUGAUAACUGAAGCCGAUUCAUCAUUCUCGAGAUCUAUGCUGUAUCGAGCUUUUGCUCAUGUUAUCUCCGACAUUCCACUAAUCGUUGUCUUGAAUGAUGCAAAGAAGUUAAUUCCGUUAUUGCUGGAGGGCUUAGCCUUGUUAUGCAAGUAUGUUUUGGAUAAAGAUGUCAUGUAUGGUCUCUUGCUGGUCUUAUCAGGAAUACUGACAGAUAAAAAUGGAAAAGAAGCUGUCGUAGAGAAUGCUCAUAUUAUCAUUAAGUGCCUAAUUGAACUGGUUGCGUACCCUCAUAUGAUGCUUGUCCGGGAGACAGCAAUUCAAUGUCUUGUUGCCAUGUCAGAACUCCCUCACACAAGGAUUUACCCGUUGAGAAUCCAGGUAUUACAAGCAAUGUCUAAAGCACUUGAUGAUCCAAAGAGGGCUGUUCGUCAAGAAGCUGUUAGGUGCCGACAAGCAUGGGCAUCAAUUGCAUCAAGAAGUCUUCAUUUCUGAAGAACACAAGCAUUCUCAGGCCGGCUCUGCCAGAAAAAUCUGGUGACAUGAUUAUGUUUUUGUUCACCAUGUCUCCACAGUAAAAUUUAUGAAGACAACUGCAAUUUUCCUCUUAUACGGUUCCCCAAGUUUUUAUUGAUGUACAUGUUGACUGCAAAAAUAGUUUAAGGUACAAAAUCACCUGCAGUAAAUUACAUUAUUAAGCAACGAA